AAGAAGCUGCUUUCCUGUGUGCACAGCUCAUAGAUGAACGUACCUUCUAGUUUAAGGUCUUAAUUAGGUCCUCCUUGUUCAAUGACACUGACACAAUGACAUACUGAUUACGGAGCUGGGGCAAGGUUAACAGGGAUUUAGGCCCCUCAGCCCUCUGAGAUGUUUGGUCCUGGAAUCUCAUUGCAGGUCCAGAACAGUGGAACACACAAAAUCAUCAGCGGUGUUUCAUUUAGCAAGGAUGUGAAGCUCCACAAGGUGGAAAACGCCUGGAGGCCUUCAAUUAAAAAAGACAAGGUUGAGCAGGACCCUGAGAAGACCGUGACUCAGGAGCUGUUUCGUCGAAUGCGCAGCAUCCUCAACAAGCUGACGCCGGAGAAGUUUGAGCAGCUGGUCAAUCAGGUGGCCGAGCUCAACAUUGACACCACGGAACGCCUCCAGGGCGUUGUCGACAUCGUUUUCGAGAAGGCCAUCUUCGAGCCCAAGUUUGCCAGCACUUAUGCCAAGAUGUGCCACCGCCUUAAGGAGCUCAAUGCCCCCCUCAACGACUGCCUGGAAGCCACUCUUAAUUUCCAUCUGGCGAUUCUGAAUCGCUGCUGGGUGGAGUUUGAUCUGGUCAAUGAGCGCGCUCUGCGACCGAAAGAGGAGCUUGAGGCUAACGUCGCCACCAGCCACCGGCGCUCGCUCGGGAACGUGAAGUUCCUGGGCGAGCUGUUCAACCUGGAGAUGGCAGAGGAGUUCCUAAUGCACAGGUGCAUUACCACUCUGCUGGACAACCAGGGUGAGAAGGCACUCGAGUGCCUGUGCUGUCUGCUGUCCACCAUCGGCCGGAACCUGGACUGCGAUAAAAACAAGUGCCAUAUCGAUAAGUACUUGCGUAAAAUGGAGCAGAUCCUGAAGGAGGGAAAGACCUCAUCCAGAAUCCGUUUCAUGCUGCAAGAUAUAAUGGACCUGCGACAGAAUAAAUGGGCCCCUAAGAACAGUAACCAGGGGCCCAAAACCAUCAGCCAGGUCCACAGUGAUGCCCAGCUGGAGACCCAGCAGGAGAGGUCCAAGGUGGAGCAGCAGCUCCGAACCAAGGCGAACAACUGGGACCCCAGGUGCCGUGCUGGAGAACAGCAAUGGAGCCAUGGGGAACGCCAGGACCGCGGUAGAGGGGAACGCUGGAACCGUGGGGAAUACCAAGGCCACGGUAGAGAACAGCAAUGGAACCGCGGAGAACGCCGGGACUGUGGAGGAGAGGAACGCUGGGGUCGUGUGGAACGGCAGGACCGUAGAGGCGAGGAACGCUGGAACCGUGGACAACACCAGUUCUACGGUAGAGAGCAUCAGUGGAACCGCGAAGAACGUCUGGACCGUGGAGGAGAGGGACACUGCAACCGUGGGCAACAGCAAUACUACGGUAGAGAACAGCAGUGGAACUGCGGAGAACGUCUGGACCGUGGAGGAGAGGGACACUGCAACCGUGGGCAACAGCAAUACUACGGUAGAGAACAGCAGUGGAGCCGCGGAGAACAUCUGGACCGUGGAGGAGAGGGACACUGCAACCGUGGGCAACAGCAAUACUACGGUAGAGAACAGCAGUGGAACCGUGGAGAACGCCGGGAUCGUGGAGGAGAGGAACGCUGGGGUCGUGUGGAACGACAGGACCGUAGAGGAGAGGAACGCUGGGGUCGUGUGGAACGACAGGACCGUAGAGGAGAGGAACGCUGGGGUCAUGUGGAACAACAAGACCGUGGAGGAGAGGAACGCUGGGGUCAUGUGAGUCAGACCCUAGAAGGAGCUGGUCUGUGA